AAUACGUAGGCAUAAUAACUAAAACCAAAACAUAUUAUUUUGUUUCUUCCUAGUGGUGUUUUGGUCUUCGUUAGCAUUGAAGCGAUUUUUAAGUUAAAACUAUUUUGAAUAAAUAAGUAAAGCAAAUUGAUAAAAGCUAAAAUACUAAGCAAAAAGCAGGAAUAACAUUUCGAAGGAUUUGAGGUUAUUUGUUGUUUUUUACAAGAAAUAUGGUUUGCGAAAAGUGUGAGAAGAAACUGGGAAAAGUUAUAACUCCGGACCCGUGGAAGGCCGGAGCCCGCAAUACAGUCGAGUCUGGCGGCCGUAAAGUCGGAGAAAAUAAGGCACUAACCGCCAAGAAAGGCCGAUACAAUCCUUACACUUCAAAGUUCCAGGAAUGCAAAAUAUGCCGUAUCAAAGUGCAUCAAGUUGGUUCUCAUUACUGCCAAGCGUGUGCCUACAAGAAGGGCAUAUGUGCAAUGUGCGGGAAGAAAAUUCUCGAUACGAAGAACUAUAGACAGAGUUCCACUUAAUAUUAAGUCAAAUAGUUGUAAGGUUAUAUAAAUUGUAUAUACUUGUGUUAGAUUCAGAACUCCUCUUUUGAAGAAAGACAUAAAAAUAACUGUGUGUCUGCAAAAUGUAUAAGAACUUUGCUAUGAACCACAUCUUUUCUUGCAGAUGUCAGAAGAUUUGAAUAAGGCAUUAUUUACUUUAUAGUAAACAAAUAAAGUUUUAAUAAUAAUAAGUAAUAAAGCAUUCUCUAGUUGUCAUUAUGGAGGUUAGAAGGAGCAGAAGCGAAGCUCCAGACAAAAUCUAGAAAUAGGGCAAAGUAAAACAAAAUGGCCUCCGCUCAGCUUGUGCCAUGAUGCUGGUUCUCCUAAGUCCUUCAGGAACACAUGGGAAAGUCUAUCAAAAACCACACGGCUCCUCUGUGAAUUAUACAUAUAUUAAUGUAAAUAAGGUUACACUUAAACUAAUUUUGUAAAUAGAA